UCUUUAAGAUGUCCUGCCAGCAAAACCAGCAGAGGUGCAAGUUCCCUGUCAAGUGCCUCCCCAGGUGUUCACCCAAGUGGCCACUUCAAGCCCCACAGGCCCCACAGACCCCACAGGCUUCCCAGGGCCCACAGGCCUCUGCUCCUUGCCCAGCUCCCUGCCCAGCUGCCUGCCCCCCACCUGCUCCCUCCUGCUGUGUCCCCAGUUGCUGUAUCACUGGCUUCAGAAGCUGCUGCUCUCUGGGGUAUCAUGGGUUACCAGGAGUCUGUCUAGGCCAGCCCCAGCCUUCCAGCUGGGAGAGGGAGUCCUCUGGGUGUUCCAGUUAUUGCCAUGGAUUUGGGGGCUGCAGCUGACCUGCAGGUUUUGAGGAGCCAAAGAUCCAUGGCCAAGGACAAGUCUGGAGUUGACAACUUUUCUCACUCUCACCUUGU